AUUACAAGCUGUGCUAUUAAAAAUAUUAUUCCCCGUCAAACCCAAAUAUGAGUGUGCAGGGCAAACAUCUAGAGUUAUUUAUUUUUACUGUAGUCUCUAUCCAUUCUAUGAGCCUAUGGCUAAAAAGAAUACUGCUACCGGUGAGAUAAAUUUUUUUGCUUUUGCUAUUCGGCAAUAAAAUGAAGUAAUUAACAGAUGAUAUUAAUGAGACAAGACUUUAGUAUGUUGAUAUUCUGUUCUCUUGAAGCAUUAAAUGCAUUCCUAGGAAAUUUUGAUGUUUUUUUCGAUAAACUGGAAUUUAACCGCGGAGCCCAAAUGUCAAUAGUUUUGGCUUUAACUGGGAUGUCUAUUCAAGCUUACAUUGUUUCAGAAAAAUUUAGUCUCUUUCUGUUGUUUCUUUCUGAGUUACCAAACAUUUUUUCAAUAAAGGUGUCAAGGAAACUAUUUUCUGGAAAUGAAAAGGAAAAUAAAAGUAUGUUUGAAUUUGCUUGCCUUAUUGGAUUAAUCAUUGGAGCACCUAUAAGCUGUUCACUAGCCGAAUUGUAUGGAAACGAAAAUUUGCUAAAGAUGUGCUGCUAUCUCAAUUUUUUCGCUGCAGUGUUGGUUAUUAUUGUAAGUUGGAACUAUUCUCCAGCUGUGAAGUAUGGUAAUAUAAAUUAUAUUAAAAGAAGUUUGUGUAAUUAACUCGUGAGGAUGUAGAACUAGAUGAGAAGAGAGUAAAAAUGCCUUCCGAACAGGAAAAUAAUAAAACAACAAAUCAAUGGCCCAUUGUAUCCAUUAUAACAGAUUUAUCUUCUUCUGUUAUGGAAAUAACAACCAUAGUUUCAAUUUCUACCAAUCAAGAUAUUACGAUAAAAGAGAAAGGUCAAUUCUUAGCAAUAUUAGGAGCAACUAUAUUGGUAAAUGUCUAAUUUUCUGUAGUAUGCACUUGAAAGCUAUCUCCCUCUCCAGAUUUCGUCAACAACGGUCUAUAAAAAUUUAAGCGCGACGUUUUCCGAGAAGCAUCUCUUGAUAAUUUCAAUUGUAGGCUCCAUUAUAUCGCAGACUGCCUUGAUACUCUAUUCUAAUAUUUUACUGAUGAUAGCAAUUGUAUGCAGCAGUCAAAUAACUCAUUUACUCACACAACAAGAUCAUAAUAUGAGACAUGGUUUUUUCCAAAUGCAGUGGAUUAUAAAAAUUAUAUCUUCAAUGAUUGCCACCUUUUUACUCUCUUUCAACAAUGAGAUGUACACUGGACUCUUUGGUCUGUCAGUGAACACCCUGGCCCUGAUAAAACUUCUCCAAUAUUAGAAAAGCAUGUGGAAUCUAGGAAAAGCUUCAAAGAAUCUUUAAUCCAGUAGGUGGCAGAAAAUGCCACAAUGUUAAAGGAUUGUAUCAAUGAACUAAGUUAUUUGUUAUUGAAGCAAGACAUGUAUCGUCAACCUUAAACAAUACACAGAGCAGAAGUUUUACUUAAAAAAAAAGUAAUAUCAUAAACAAAUGAUAAUCAAUUUCCACUAUAUGGAAGAAAUCCCCACGGUCGACAUUUUCUUUUACAAACAAAAGCCUAUAAAAGGUAAUUGACUAUAUUAGACCGAAAUAAAAACUCCGUAGAUGCAAUUCAGUGCUAUAAAAAAUAAUAAGACAUGAUUUUUAAAAGUCCAUUGAGUGAAUUAUAAAUCAAAGAAUAAGUUUCCAC